AUGGUUGAGCCAAAAUUGCUCAGCGCGACAAACACUGUCGACCAAUUCCUCGCUCCCUUAUUCUUUGCCCCGUUCUCCUUCGUAAUCAUUACUCUCACUACAUAUUUCUUUUUUCUUUGUUUCUUUCUUUCUUUCUUUCUUUCUUUCUUUCUUUCUUUCUUUCUUUCUUUCUUUCUUAAUACAUAUUUCUUCUUUCUUUCGUUCUUUCUUUCUUUCUUUUUUUCUUUCUUUCUUUCCUUCUUCUAUACUUACAUAUUUCUUUCUUUCUUUCUUUCUUUCUUUCUUCUAUACUGUUUUCCGUUUUUCUAUGUAACCUUUACUCUCAGUACAUAUUUCUUCUUUCUUUCUUUCUUUCUUUCUUUCUUUCUUUCUUUCUUUCUUUCCUGUUUUCAUUCUUACUUUCUUUCUUCAUACAUAUUUCUUUCUUUCUUUCUUUUUUCUUCAUUUCUGUUUCCCGUUUUUCUUAAUAUCUUUUACUCUCACCACAUAUUUCUUUCUUUCUUACCUUCUUUCUUUCUUAAUUUGUUUCUUUCUUUCUUUCUUUCGUCUGUUGUGUUUCCAUUUUGUCUUAAUAACCCUUUCUCAUUUCUCUUUCUUUCGUUAUUUCUUUCUUUCCAUCUUCGUUUAGUUGUAUUUCCCGUUUUGAUUAAUAUCCUUUUUCUCUCACUACAUAUUUCUUUCUUUUUUACUUUCUUUUUUUUUUACAUUCUUCCUUCAAUUUUGGCCGCAUUUUUUCUUUUUCUUUUUCUCACUACAUUCUUCUUUCUUUAUUUAAUUCUUAGAUUCUUUCUUACUUUAUUUAUUCCUUCCUUCCUUUUCGUCUUGUCUUUUCCCAUAUUUCAAACUUCAUUCUUUCUUCUCACUACCCUCUCUAAUUCUUUCUUUCUUCUUUUCUUUUUUAUUUCCUUUAUUUUUUUCACUUGUAUGAUUCUUGUUGCGUUGACUUUUUUGUUAAUGACCACUAUUUCAAAUACUUUCUUUCUUUCUUUCUUUCUUUCUUUCUUUCUUUCUUUCUUUCCCACUCUUUUCCGCAUCCUUUCUACAUUCUUUUAUUUUUGUUUCCCAUUUUUCUUCAUAUCUUUUCUACUGAUUACAUAUUUCUUUUUUCUUUCUUUCUUUUUAUUGUCUUGUAUUUUUCGCUUGUCCAUUUUCUAUUUUUUCUUUAUUCUCUCUAACCUCUAUAUUCCUUUUUUUUCCUUUUUUUCUUUCAUUCUCUUUUUAUUUUUUGCACUUCACUUGUGUUUUUUCUUUCUUUUACGUUUUCUUUCUUCCUUUCUUUCUUUUUUCUUUCUUUCUACUCUUUUAUUGGCUUGUUUCUUUCUAACUUCUUUUUGUCUUUCUUUCAUUGUUUCUUUCAUUCUUUCUCUCUCUUCCUUUCUUUCUUUCUUUCUUUCUUUCUCUCUCUUCCUUUUUCUUUCUUUCUCUUCCAUUUUCUUUUUUUCUUUCUCUUACUUUUUCUUUCUUUCUUUCUUUCUUUCUUUCUUUCUUUCUUUCUUGUUUCCAAUUACGAUUCGUAAGCCAUAA